CGGUUUGAUUCUCCGGCGGCAGCUGUUCAGCGGCGUGAAAGUAAACCGGACGGGAUCAAUCGUUUUCUGCUUAUAAAACCGAUCGAUUAAUAUGUUUUUCACUUUCAGGAUUACAUCUGUGGAUGAUCUGUUUAUAUGAGAUCAUUUAUUUUUCUUUACUUGCUUUUGAAAGGAUCGAGCUUCGGUGGAAGAUCUGCUCUCUCGUGCACAGCUUCAGAUGAUAUAACAACUGAAUCUAUCUAUCACUCUGUAUGAAGAAUGACUUCAUCUCUCAUCCAAACAGCAGACCAGAAAACAUUUAUUCCAGCUCUAGAUGGAAAUAUGGACUUCAGCAGUAUUGCUCUAGGUGGUGUGGAUUUAGAGAAGGUUUGGCUGAACCAUCCUUCCUUGAUCCAUCUGGAUUUUUUGUCCCCCGAAGGGUCGCCUCAGCUUUCAGAGAUGCUCCUGUCACCUGCGUUUCAAGGCCCGGGGCCAAAAGCCUUUCUGCUUUCAAGCCCAGAACCCCUGCUCACGCUUUUGUCCAUAAACCAAAACUCCCAAAAUUCUCCCGCAGGUGCUCCACCAACGUGUUUCAUGCCCACUCUGGAGGAAAACGGACCUCCAGUGCCCAAUCUCAACUCAAGCUCUUUGUGGCACGACUAUUAUUCACCAAGAGGUUGUCAGGGUGGUGCCCAGUACAACAAUAGGGAAAGUGAUGCACACGGUACAAUGAUACCACAAGGAACAGAUCACCCCAGUGGUUUAAACAAGGCAUGUGAUGGCACUCUGGAGGAAGGGUUGAGGAUUCAUUCAUUAUGGAACAUUUCCCAGAAUGCUGCAUUGGUAGAUCAAGCCAAUCGCUUACAGAAGAGGCUGUUGGCGAUGCUCGGUGAGCACGCUUCACGGCACUACAUCCACCAACUAGAAGGUCUGAGGAGAAAACUUCUUACCGUCAGCUAUUGCCCCAAGUCCCCCAUGGCAUCAGGUGGUUUUUUUACACAUACACAUGAGAUGUUUAAUGCUGAGGAAGAUGUCCUAGGACAGAUCCCUCAAACACACGAGCAAUCUCUGAAAUCCAGUGACCUGGAGAAUUUGGCACAAUGCGGGUGUGCAGUUCUGCCUGGGAUGCUGGAGUCUCUGGAUUCAGAUGCCACACUAAGCAGUAGCUCAGAUGAUGAAGCGGACCAUGAAGAUGCUAAAGGGAGCUCAGCAGCAUCACUAUGUCAUGGCUGUGAAUGGAGGUGGUUGAAGGAAAGAGCGGAACUGUGUAGCCGCUGGACGUGGCUCCAGAUGAGAUUGACUGAGCUUGACUCUCAGAUUCAACAGGUUGGAGAACUUCACCAGCAGAUCCUCACAAAUAAGCAGGGUCAUGUGGUUUUAGCUGAGACGCAGCCCCUCACAGACAGGCAGAUCCAGCACACACUGUGGACAGAGACUAUAGAUCUGUCAUUUACUGCUGGGAACAUGCAAGAUUUGACAUCUGAUGUAGACAUGGAACCCAGCAGCCCCACACGUCUUCUGAGGAACAUAGAAAGACAGAGUGCCCAGCUGACUCAGAUUGUAAACAGCCUCAUGCCACCUUUCUGUGCCUCACCCUCUUCGUCACCCGUGACCAAAAGACCCCGCUGUCACUGGAGAGACCAUCAGAAGACCGCUUUCGGCAGCCAGGUACAGGCAGACACUGCUGUCAGUCUCUCCAAUGGUCCGCAGGGCUUUAAAAAGACGGGACAGAAGAGAAAGCGAGCGUAUCACCAUAGACAAUGUGCACUUCAGGUGGAGGUCACCUGUGUGUCAGCCCGCACCCGCCCCCUUCUGACAUAUCACAAACCUCUGCUUUUCAUAAUGGACCCGCCGUCUCAUAGAGAACAGCAGGUCCUGGAUUCUUUCUGCUCUCUCUGUCUCAAAUGUGAUCCUGCAACUGCGUGCACAGACCCGACAUGCCCUCACAGAAAAGAGAAAUCAACGGGCAAAGUGCAUCCUGUCCUCUCGCUCUCCUCAGAUACCCCAUCAUGGCUCCAUCGGCAAAACGCUCUGCAUGCAGAGAACUUGCAGCAGCGACCUCUCUUUCUGAAGUCUGAUCUCCUUAGAUCACAGAACCUUCUCAGCUCUAGAUGCAGAGGACCUAGAUCUUUAUUUCAUUGCAAACACCAACCAAAAAACAGCAGGCAUUUGAAGAAACACAGGAGGGAUAGCACCCCCAUACGAUGGGCAUGUGCCCGAGAUCACCAUCGUAAAGCUCACAGGGAGGAAAAGCGGAAGAGACGCUGCUCAGAUUGGCUUACAGAUGUUACACACUGGUCUGAUGUGUCCCCCCCGAGUGAUGAAAACCUUGAGGAAUCUUUAGAAAAUGUUGUUGACUGCACACCUACACAACAGAGGAACUCGCAGUUCUCUUUGCGCAGCAGAAGCAGUGAGAGUGAUUUUGGUAUUGAUGACAUUCCGAUGUCUCUGGUCUCCUCGGUUAAGGUGGAAAGACAUCAGUAUAAACAUAUUUUGACGCCCAGCUGGCGAAAGGUGGAUAUUUUCUCUUUAUUGAACGAGGAGGAAGAUGAACAGGAUGAAGGAGUGUUAGAAUCAAUAACAGACGAGGAUUUCAGACAGAGACACCAGAGUUAUGAGCAUAAAGAGAAGCUCCGCUGGUCCUCCUCGAAUCUGAGCAGAAGACACAGGUCAUCCAGAAGAAGCUGCUCUGCUGUAUCAGAGCAACAUGCUUACUGUCACUCACCGGUAGAUUCUCCAGUCCCCUCUACCUGGAUCUCCAGUCCUCCUGAAGGCCAGACAGAAGCCAGUGUGGAUGACACAGAACCAGUGCCUCCAUGGAAAAAACGUGUGUUUUCACUGAGUGAUGAAGACAAGGAAGCUCUGGGGUGUGAUGAAGGCUAUGACUUCUAGAUGCCAACAUAUGGCAUGGAGCAGGAAAUGAUAUCACACUGUGGCAGAUUCUCAGCCCUCAUGGUGCUAUUUAAAAAAAGAAAAACAUCAGGUUACUGAUGACCUAUUUAUUACUGUUAUAAAUAUCUGGGACAGCCCCUAAAUGCACUGGUCACUCUGUGAGAUGUUACGCUAUUAAUGUAACCUAUUUUAACUUGACUUAUUUUUAUGUGAUAUUUUUAUGUAAGUGUGACGUUUAACAGGCUUUUAAAUAUAUUAAAUAUAUGCUUCAGACGAAGCUUCACUCAAGUACAUAUGCUAAAAUGGAGGUUUGUAAAAGGUUUGUAAUUUUUUCUCCAUGUGGAAGUUAACUCUCUUCAUUUUCUAAUAAACAUUUUCAUAUUAUUUUUGGUGAGCCCAAUAAAAUUAUUUUCUUAGAGGAAUAUUUAGCAAAGAAACCUGUACAGCAUUUGUGAGAUAUAUUAUAACAAUUUCAUUAUAUGUAUCACAAAUAAAAUCCACCAUAUAGGGGCACUAAUGUUGUACAUUUACUGACAUAGACCAUAUUGCUGUCUCUGUAGGGAUGAAACGGCAAUCUUUUCCACUCUGUAUGUCAAGCUUUGGCAGAUCUAAAUCCUAUUGCAUUU